UGCAGACGCAGAGUAUUGGUUUGGCUGGCUUGGAUUUAAAGUGGUAGAAGCUGUGGGAGUUCUACAAGACGGUCCCCAAAACCUUCCCCUCAAGUCCUUGGGACCAUUUGGGUCCCCAGAACUGAGGAGAUGGUUUGCGGCGGAUUUGCCUGUUACAAGAAUGCGCUGUGCGCUCUCAACGUGGUUUAUAUGCUUGUGGGCUUAUUGCUCAUUGGCGUGGCUGCCUGGGGCAAGGGCCUGGGUCUGGUGUCCAGCAUUCACAUUAUUGGAGGAGUCAUUGCUGUGGGUGUCUUCCUUCUCCUCAUUGCAGUGGCAGGCCUAGUGGGCGCGGCAAACCACCACCAAGUGCUGCUCUUCUUUUACAUGAUCAUCCUUGGUUUGGUCUUCAUUGUCCAGUUUGGAAUCUCUUGCUCAUGUCUGGCUAUUAACAGAAACAAACAGGCAGAUGUCAUCAGUGCUUCCUGGUGGGUCAUGAGCAACAGUACCCGGCAUGAAUUUGAGAGAAAUUUUGACUGUUGUGGCUUGUUCAACCGCACCACCCUGCACCUACAAGAUGAGACUUCCUGCAGUGCAAUGUGCAAGACCAGGAGCUCUGCAUGCCAGAUGUGUGGAGAGAAGUUCCUCAAACAUUCAGACAAAGCCCUGAAAAUCCUAGGUGGUGUUGGGCUCUUCUUUAGCUUCACAGAGAUCCUUGGUGUUUGGCUAGCAAUGAGAUUCCGGAAUCAAAAAGACCCUCGAGCCAACCCCAGUGCCUUUCUAUGAGACCUUUGACCCCCCAGGUAGGGUCUCUGCAUCCCAGGCUGGUUUCCAGCUCGCUACACAGCCAAGGAUAACUUUGACUUCUGGAUUCUUCAGCCUCAGCCUCCAGUGCUAGGAUCACAGGUGUGUGUCACCACACUCAGCAAGUCUCUGGAUCCUUCUGAUGGCUCUGCUCUUCCUGUGUCUCCCCCUAAAUCCUCAAAAACCUAGAGUGGUUACCCCAAUCCCCAUGUUUUUCUGUUUUAAAGAAGGCCCCCUUGCCUCACUCCUUAAAACAGAUGAAGUGAUGCCUCUCUCAGAGGAUCUAGCACGCUCCUAGAAGCCUUUCACGGCUGCUUUCCCUCCCCUCAACACCUUUGGGUCCAAGGACAAAUCAGAACAGUAUCAAAGGGAAACCAGCCAGCCUGGGGUGGGGGCCAGAGCUGUAACCUAGGGCCCCACACAGGCUAGGCAAGUGUUUGUGUAGAUGAGCUGUCCCAGUCAGGACCAGAGUGAAGCAGCAAACCUAAAACUAAAGCCAUUUUAACCAAAUCUUCAAAGAAAGGAUUUGAAAGACCGUUUCUAAGCUUGUCGGCCAAAAAGCUGGACUGCCUGCCUAGGGCCUUGCAGGGAACUUUCUUCAUUGUGGUUUCUCAAAGCCAAUCAGAAAAAAAAAAAUUAAAGAAAAAAAAAAGCACA